AUUCAUUUAAUCAACACAUACAAUAAUAUAUUUGUGCACCAUUUUUCUCUCACAAUCCAGUAUCCACCACCGCUUUGUUCUCUCUCCUUCUCUCUAUAUUGUUCCUUUUUCUACCUGGGCUUGCACUGUUUGCACACGCAACCGGUCGGCGGCGGUUGUUGGUUCAUCUGAGUUGCCCGAUCACCGAUUAUUGAAGGCUGCGGCGUUCACCGGCUGAAUUUGGCGCCGAUUGUGAUACUGGUUUUUAGGGAAAGCAUAAUCCAAAAACAGCGUCACUCAGCAAUUCGUUAUUGGAAAGGCUUUGAAACUCUAUAAAAACUGAAUCUGUAUAUCCAGCCUAAUAGUUGACACUUAGGGCUUUUUCCAGUUACUUGAGCUAGGAUUUGGGGACAAUGACUAUAUCAUUUUUGUUCAUUUUCUUUGCCUAAAAAUGAACCCGAGUUAGCCAAGAUAUGGAUUGACUACUGAGGGAGUAAUUUGCAGGAUCCUUUUUUGAUCUGUGGAUCAAUGACGAACAGAUUUCACAAAUCAUUAUGGUUUUUGGUGUUCCCUUCAACAAUUAUUAGAUUGACCUGCUGCAGUUGCAGUAUGUUAUGCGUGAUCCUUUGAGUUGGGCAAGAAACACACAAAUAUAGAGAAGUAAAUGAUGCAAAUUAUUAUUCCUGACUUCUGGAGUUUACUUGUAACCAUCCAUUAUACUGCGGUGACUAGUUAUGGUUACUUUCACAUCAUUCUGAAUUGAGGAGAUUGCCACUAACGAUUGAUGAAUGAAACCAGCCAUGGGUCUGGCAUGCUGUCUUUCCUCGAUGGUGCAUGAUGCCGUACAACAUUAAUGUUGUAAGAGCUUCUUAACAGCUCACAGAUAUUAACUGACCAUUUUCAAAGAAUAACAGAGGAAUGGAGUACUAAGUUGCAUUUGGUAAUAUACUGGUUUGAUUUCCAUCCAAAGUGGUUUGCCCAUGGAAGAGAGCGCAGUUGGCUAACUGUCAUCUACUAAAUGUCUCAGGAGAUCUGUACGUAAACAAAUUGCUAUUAACUCUAGAAUGAAUUCCUGUGAUUUGGCUUGUUGGCGGCUUUUCCCUUUCCACGAUUCAGUUUCCAAUGGUUGAGAGAUUGGUAGUUGAUUUUACCUGAGACAAUUGUAAUCUCACUUAAAUGCCUACAAGCCAGCUUGAGUAAGAGCUCUAGAAGGAUGAGAGGGUUUUCAUCUGCGCAAGAAAUAUCAUCACUCAGGUGUGACAACUAUGGGGCACAGACAACAUUUUAAUGCAUCUCAGAUUUUUGAGAAUGAGAUUGAUCAGGGAUGGAAUCAUGCAGAGCAACCUUAUAUGCCCAUUGGAAGAGGUGUUCCUGAAAGCAGCUCGAUUAUUCAUUCUGCCGAUAAUAUCACAAACCAAGGUGGACCCUAUCCACCCCAGUGGGGCCCGCCUCUUAGGUCAUCAUCAACUGGUCACUCUCCUUCCAUACCUAAUGUGGAAUUUUCACAUUAUCAGCCCUUGCCACCAGUAGCUCCUGUCCCGUCCCGUGGUCCUUUCCCGCAUCAACCCUCUGUUGGAAAUCCUCACAUUUUUCAAGAAAAUUAUCCACACCACCCAUCUUCGUCAAAUGUCAGUGGCCAGACAAUAGAUACUGUUUUUUACAAUCAGACAGAUGGCAGUUGUCGUGGGCCCUACAAGCGGAAAAGCCCCUGCAUCCCUCCAAUCUUCGAGAUGGGGUCCACGAGCAGCAGAUAUUACGAUGUCGGAAGUUCGUCCGAUAUUCAUCUGCCUAACGACCCGUGGCAGGAAAAGCAGAAUGCCGAACAUUGUCACUCUCGUUGGGAAUAUUCUUCCGGUUAUGGACCUAAUAAUAGUAGCCUCUCUAUAGGAGGAGAGGGUAGUACAAUGAGAAAUGUGAGGAGUCGAGCUUCGAUUGACCUGGAAAGCCAUCUGGCGAGGUCUCAUUUGCCGAGCAGUACUCUGCAUCAUACUUUUCCUAAUCAAUCCUCUGACCCAUCUAAUUUGGUGGAUUUCUGGGGUCAAAGCUCAAAUGCGCCAACGCACGAAUGGAAUUCUAAUCACGUACCACCAGCUGCUGGUCCCCAUGGAUUGAUUUCUGGCUCGGAUUCUAGUUUCUUCGGUCACGAUACGAAUCCCCAGAAUACAAUGAACAACCUUCUUCCUAAUAAUAAUUCUGUGGAGAUUGGGGCUUACAACAACAGUGAUGUUAGAAAUCACGUUCCUCAAAAUGUUGGAAAUCACUUGAACCAGUCGUCCGUCAGAGGAGUCCGAAGUAGUUAUGGUCAAAGGUCAGCCCCCACAUUCAGGGCUUCUUCCAGCAACUUCCGUCCACCUGCCCCAGACGAGAGGCAGCAUGUUGGAGAAAGUUAUCCUUCGAGACAUUCACGGGCUCUUUCCAACCUAAGGCUGCGGAGUUUCGAUAGGAACGUGAGAACUUGUAUAUCGGGUGAUAGAUAUCGAUAUCUUAGUGACGAGGCAAGUUUUCGUAAUCGGCUGGCACCUGAGGGUCUCAUGGUUGUGGACCACAAUGCAGCCUACGGAUCAAGAACUCUGUUUGAUCAGCACAGGGACAUGAGACUCGACAUAGACAACAUGAGUUAUGAGGAGCUUCUUGCACUUGGAGAAAGGAUCGGGAGUGUGAGCACCGGCUUGACCGAUCGUUCGAUUUCCAAAUGCUUGACCGAGUCCAUAUAUUGUUCGUCCGACCUCUCUCAAGAUGAAGGAAACUGUGUCAUUUGUUUGGAGGAAUACAAAAACAUGGAUGAUGUAGGGACUUUGAAAUCGUGUGGCCACGAUUUUCACGUGGGCUGCAUUCGAAAAUGGCUGUCGAUGAAGAACGUAUGUCCCAUCUGCAAGGCAUCGGCCAUGGAGGACAGUAAUAAGGAAAAAUAAAGUUAAAUAUAUUUCAUUAUGUUCGGCAAUAAUUUAUCCAAAACCUUGUUGUAUAUAUAUAUAUAUGUCUAUGUAUAUCCAUGUGUGCAAAUGUUCCUCAAAAAUAUUGGGGGAAAAUGAAUAUUGUUUAGGGAACUUGUCAAGUCAAUGCUAAUGUCAGAACUCAGACGUGACUUUAUUUAUAUCUUUAACAUGCGCUUCAAAGCAAGUCAUGCCUUGUAUUUUAUUCCUGUUUUUCCUAUUAAGCCAUGAUAAUUUGUGAGCUCAAUGAACUGAUAUCUGCCAACUAAGAGUAGCUUGAAGUGGCUUUUUUCACACUCGUUAAUGUUAUCUGUAUUCUUCUAGAUCUUGUUGUAAAAAGCAAGCACGAAUGUAUUCAUCAAUCAUCAUA